UAAAAAUAUGUUGUAGCUAAAAUCUGAGAAAUCCAGGAGGUCCAGUAGAACCAGAACCCGCUGAAAUAAUAAGAAACAAACUACACUUCCCACAAUCCCACUCUGCCUGCCCAGAGGAACAGUCUGCUUCCGCUCCACGUGCAAGGAGGAGGGGCAGGAAAGUGUGUCACUGGGGCACGAGGCGCUCCCUAGUCACGUGGUCCCGUUUUCUGCCGCGUGCGGCAGCAGCGUCCCGGAACAUGAUGAUGAUGAUGAUGAUGAUGGGUCUGCGCGCAGUUUGAAGCGCGAGCAGCAGCUGCCCCAGAGACAGAACCAGAACAACGGCAGAACCGCACUCUUUCUGCGGGAUUCCUGCUCCUUAGCUGCUCCCGCAUGUUGACGCGGCGGCAAGUGUGCGAGACUGGACCGCAGCUCGGCUUGACGACCACCGACAUGGACUCAAACAACAAUAACUCAGCAGGGGGCGUCAUCUCCUACGUGGGCUCCUGUGGAGGCUCCCCAUCCCGGGGCAGCCCGGACUGCGGGGCCAGCCCGGACUCCAUGGACAGCGAGAACUCAGACGCCGGCUUCGCCUCCUCCUCUUCCUCGCUGCCGUCCUUCCUCAGCAGUGACGGUUCCUCCUCCUCCUCCUCCUCCUCCUCCUCCUCGGCGGGCGGCUCUCCACAGGGGCGGGACGACGCCGCUGACACCACUGGCCCUCACAGAGCGUCGCCCAGCAAGUCCGUGGCCAGUUUGACCAAGCUGAACGGCAUGGUGCUGCUCUGCAAGGUCUGCGGAGACGUGGCGUCCGGCUUCCACUAUGGCGUUCACGCCUGCGAGGGAUGCAAAGGCUUCUUUCGGCGCAGCAUCCAGCAGAACAUCCAGUACAAGAAGUGUGUGAAGAGCGAGAGCUGCAGCAUCAUGAGGACCAACAGGAACCGCUGCCAGCAGUGCCGCUUCAAGAAGUGCCUCUCUGUGGGCAUGAGCCGGGACGCCGUGCGUUUUGGCCGCAUCCCGAAGCGCGAGAAGCAGCGGAUGCUGGCGGAGAUGCAGAGCGCCAUGAACAACAUGGUGAACGACCAGCUGCAGAGCGACUUCCAGCUCGCCAGCCUGUCCUCUUCCUCUUCUUCCUCACCAGAGGGCGCCAUCGAUCCCCAGCCGUCUCCUCCUCUUCCUCCCCCUUCCUCGCCGCCCCCCAACCCUGGGAUCGACUCCACCAUCAGCGCCAUCGCCUGCGCGCACCGUGAAACCUUCCUGUAUGCGCAUGACAAGCUGAGCGAGCCGCAGCUUAGCCCCGCCCAUCGCCACCCUGGGGUGGCGGAGCUUUGUCCCAACCGGAACGGCUUCAGCAAAAACAAUAAUCACAAAAACACCAUGGACUGCUUCCUGCAGCAGGGUCACAACAACACAAGCAAUUACCAUGGCAACAAGGGGUGGAGUCAGCAUUCCAGCACCGUGAUUGGAGGACAGAGUCAUGUGACCCAGCACCAGAGCUGUCCGCCAAAGAGUCGCUCUGGGAUUGUUCUGGCUUGUCCAAUGAACUUGCAGCCUCAUGCAGACCCUUUAAAGACGCCCCAGGAGAUCUGGGAGGACUUCUCGCUGUCGUUCACGCCCGCCGUCAGGGAAGUGGUGGAGUUUGCCAAGCAUAUCCCAGGAUUCAACGGUCUGACCCAGAACGACCAGGUCACCCUGCUGAAAGCAGGCACCUUCGAGGUGCUGAUGGUGCGCUUCUCGUCACUGUUCAACAUGAAGGAACAGACGGUGACGUUUGUCUCUGGCGCCACCUACUCUUUGGAGGAGCUCCAUGCGAUGGGGAUGAAUGAGCUGCUGGCAGCCAUGUUUGACUUCAGCCAGAAGCUAGCUUCGCUGGCGCUGAGCGCCGAAGAGCUGGGACUGUUCACCGCUGUAGUGCUGGUGUCCGCAGAUCGGUCUGGCAUCGAGAACCUGCCGUCCGUUGAGCAUCUGCAGGAGAACCUGAUCCGGGCACUUCGCUGUCUGGUCAACAACACGGCCGGCGCCGGCAAGCCGCCCGUCAUGGAUUCUCCACGCUUCACCAAGCUGCUGCUGCGGCUGCCCGACUUGCGGACGCUCAACAACAUGCACUCAGAGAAGCUGCUGUCCUUCCGCAUCGACCCCUGAUGACUCCGCAGCGCAACGCUGCAACAGACACAUGCACCCUCCACAAUAAGAGUCUGCUCGCCUGAUCCGAACUAUCAUACAUUCCCACUUCCUGUUGAGACCAUCAUCAUCACCAUCACCAUUAUCAUCAUCAUCCCUGAUGUUCUCCAGAGCAGCUGGAUGGAAACAAAGAUCCUCUUCCAAAAGUCUCCUGCUUUUUGGCAGGACCCUUGCUUGCCCUUCGCUCACCAAACAUCUGCAUCUGUCAGCAGCAGAUUGGAGCUCCAUGUUUAGGAGCUCUGCAGAUCCAGGAUCGGUCCAUCCAGAUGUUUAGGAGCUCUGCAGAUCCAGGAUCGGUCCAUCCAGAUGUUUAGGAGCUCUGCAGAUCCAGACUUCCAGCACUAGGUGCUUCAGGUUCAGCUCUUCCAUUCACUCUGAGGGAUUAGCUCCGCCCCAUCGGCACCAGCAGCCAAUGAGAAGAGGAGGCAGCUCCGUGGACCAAUGAGACGGCGGGAUGCUGAGCGGCGCCUCAGCUGAACAUUAGACAUGUAAAACUUGUAAAUGCUGAAACAUCCAGAUAUACUUGAACUGUUGCCGUCUGUUAAUCGUCUGUGUGAAACACUGAAGCCUCUGGAUGAGCAGCAGAGGCACAAAGUGUUCAGGCAGGAAAUCUUCUCAUGUCUGUAUUUUAAUGUUUGGAAAUCCAUUUAAGUAAUUCUAUAAAUUCUCACUGAAGAUGCUGA